GCUCUCUGUGAGCUAGCAGUUUCCCGGAAGUAGCGAGGACAGAAGCGAAGUAGCUUGUUUUAAGCGUUUACCAGACAGAAAGCAGCUUCAAACCCGCGGAUGCAGAGCUGAACAGAGACAUGCCUUAAUGUAUUUCAUCCCUGAAGCCAGCAUCGACGGUGCGACCUCCCGUUCGUACAGCAUCCAGAUGAGGAGCGCUGGCAGCACGCAGCCUACGCACAGACGAGAUGCUGGAGUCUGGAUUCAAACCAAAAGCCUUCUCUACAAGAACAUUCUCAUCAAGUGGAGGACAAAGCAGCAGAGCCUCCAGGAGCUCAUCCUCCCUCUUCUGCUCCUGGGUCUCCUCAUACUCAUCAGCAUCCUCAAUCCUCAUAUCUAUUAUGAAGGCAUCGACACCAAGGAGCUGGAGAAUGACAUCUCCUUCAAGGAUGUGGAGGUCCUGGGCUACACACCCCCCACCAACAUCACCUCCCACAUCAUGGAGGAGGUGGCUCUGGUGUUGAACUUGCAGGACCGCCUUCACGUGUUUGACACUGAGGAGGACCUGGAGAACGACAGCCUACACAGGCCGUCCAGUUUCAUCGGUGUGGUGUUUUUGGACAGCUCUGCCAUGUCCUACAGUCUGCGCUUUCCCCACAACAAGGUGCCGCUUCCCAGUGACUUCACAGAGUCCAUUGCUGGCUGCUUCAGCGAGUCGAUCAACUGUAGGGCCGCUAACUACUGGUACUCUGGGUUCGUCCUCCUCCAGACCCAAAUCGACGCUGCAAUCAUUGAGAUGCAGACAAGGCGCUCGGUGUGGAACGAGAUGAAGGUGAAUGUGGUAAUGAUGGGUCAGCCUGGCGCCGUGGAGGUGCACAAGUUCUCCCAUGCUCUCAUCUCCAUCUACCUUGUUCUGGCUUUCACCCCUUUCGUCACCUUCCUAAUCGUCAAUGUAGUAGCUGAGAAAGAGCAUCGUCUCAAAGACACUAUGAACAUGAUGGGACUCUAUAACACAGCCUUCUGGUUGUCUUGGGGCCUCCUGUAUGCUGCUCUAGUGACCGCCAUGUCCGUCCUGAUGGCCAUCAUUGCCACCUUCACAGCACUGUUUCCUAAUAGUGACUUCUUCAUCAUCUGUUUCUUCAUCUUCCUUUAUGGAAUCUCAUCUAUUUUCUUCUCCUUCAUGCUGACUCCACUGUUCAAAAAGCCCAAAGUGGCGAGCACGGUGGGCUCCAUGCUGACCGUGGUGUUUGGCUGCCUGUCUCUCUUCACCGUGCUUAUGAAGGACUUCCCUCAGCCACUGGUGUGGCUUCUGUGCCUGCUGUCGCCCAGCGCCUUCUCAAUUGGCAUUGCACAGGUGGUUUAUCUAGAGGCGCAAGGAGAUGGAGCAGUGUUUUCCUCACUGACCAGUGGUCCUCAUCCACUCUACGUCCCUCUGGUUAUGCUGGUUCUGGAUUGCAUCCUCUACCUUCUGUUGGCCAUCUACCUGGACCAAGUACUGCCAGGCGAGUUUGGAAUGAGGAGAUCCUUGGUCUACUUCUUGCAGCCAUCCUACUGGUCCAGGCACAGAAAGCGCUACGUUAAAGUAACCUCAGUGUUUGAGACGGAAACCAACGGCAUUCCAGACUCCACUGACCAGUCUGACGAGUCUAACGAGUUUGUGGAGCCCGUUUCCUCCGAGUUUAGAGGAAAAGAAGCCAUUCGGAUCACAAACAUCGGGAAAUCUUUCAAGGACAAGGACGGCAUGGUAGAAGCUCUGAAAGACAUGACCUUUGACAUCUACGAGGGCCAGAUCACCGCUCUUCUGGGGCACAGCGGGGCUGGGAAAUCCACGCUUAUGAGCAUCCUGUGUGGCAUCUGCCCCCCCACAACAGGCUCCGCCUCCAUGUUUGGCUCUCCAAUCACAGAGAUGGCAGAUGGCGCAGAGAUGAAGCAGCUGGUGGGAGUCUGUCCGCAGUUUAACAUCGUCUUCGACGUGCUCACCGUGGAGGAGCACCUUGGUGUUUUUGCCGCCAUCAAAGGAAUCCCGCCAGCAGACGUGGACUCGGAGGUUAGCAAAGUGCUGAAGGAUCUCGAGUUGGACAAAAUAAGGAGCGCUCAGGUCAAGAAUCUCAGCGCAGGCCAGAAGAGGAAGCUCUCCGUGGGCAUCGCCAUCCUCGGGGAUCCCAAAGUCCUGCUGCUGGAUGAACCCACAGCGGGUAUGGACCCCAGCUCCCGGCACCAGGUGUGGUCUCUGCUGAAGAGCCGCCGCGCCGGCCGGGUCAUUGUGCUCAGCACGCACUAUAUGGACGAGGCAGACAUCCUCGCAGAUCGGAAAGCUGUGAUUUCACAUGGGCAGCUUAAAUGUGUGGGCUCCUCCUUGUACCUGAAGACCAAGUGUGGAGUGGGCUACCAUCUCAGCAUGUCUAUCAAAGAGGACUGCGAUGCUGACAAGAUCACAACGUUGGUCCAGAGCCACACUCCCAAAGCACACCUGUCCCGACGGCAGGGGGCGGAGCUAACAUUCACACUGCCAUUUGAAAGCGUGAACACGUUUCCAGACCUGUUCUCGGCGCUUGACUCGCAGCCACAGGCAGGAAUCAUUCACUAUGGUGUUUCUAUGACAACGCUGGAAGAUGUUUUCCUGCGCUUGGAGGCAGAGUUUGACGUGGAUCAAGCUGACUACAGCGUGUUCAGUAGGGAGCAGACGGAGGAGGAGGCCGACGGUGUCUGUGUGGACGACGCAGACCAGCGGCUACUUGCCUUCUCAGACAGCGGGAUGGACACGGUGUCGGGUCGAGCCCUCUGGGGUCAGCAGUUCAGCACGGUGGCCUGGCUGCACAUGCUCAACAUGUACCGGGAGUGGAAGGCCUUUGCUCACACACUCACCUUGUUCCUGCUCUUCGUUGCUGCCGUCUUCGUCGUGUCUGUGGUCACCGGGCACAUCCAGUUCAACUCCUCGGAGCGGCAGCUUUCGCCUGUUUACCUCCUCAGAAGAAACCAGGUGUCCAGGAGAUAUCAAACCCCCCUACUGGUCCAGAACUCCACCGGCUCUGACAUCUCUGACUUUCUCCACAACCUGGAGUCUCAGGAUAUCCAAGUGGAGCUGAUGACGCAGAGCGACUACAUGUCUGCAGCUCCUCACAGCGCCGCCAUCCGUGUCACUCGACCCAAAAAGGACUUCCAGUACACCAUGGCCUUCAACAGCACCACUGUGCACGCUCUGCCAAUGGUGGUCAACAUCCUGAGCAAUGCUGUCCUGAGAGGACUGAACGGAACCGGCCAGAUCCGAACCUGGACCAAACCGUUUGACUUUAAAAUCCCGGACGCCGCCUUGUACGCCCUGGUCUUCAUCGAGGCCAUCAUGUUGGGAAUGCUGGCGGGGGGGAUGCCGGCGUAUUUCGCAAUGGAUCACACGCGAGACCAAGAGAUCAAGUGUCGCUCCACGCUCCGAGUCUCCGGUCUGCUGCCAUCGGCGUACUGGUGCGGUCAGGCGGCCGUGGACAUCCCCUUCUUCUACGUGAUCCUGUCCUGUAUGAACCUGGUCCUCUUCUCCUUCCACUCAGGCCACCUGCUCACCCCCACCAACCUGGCUUGUGUGGUCCUGUGCACGGUGGGCUUUGGCCCAGCCAUGAUCCUUUUCACCUACAUCUUCACCUUUGGGUUCACACGGGUCCAGAACAACAAGGACUUCUUUUCCUUCAUCUCCAUGAUGGUGUGCGUGGUGUCUGUCUCCAUGGUUCAGCUGUUUGUGAACGAAAGCCCUGACUUGACCAGAUCACUGCACAACGUCCUGUGCCUCUUCAACCCACUCUACCCACUCAUGGGCUGCCUGAGCUGCGUUACCAAGGCCACCUUCUUGCCUUCUUUCUAUGAGGAGAACUCGUGGUGGAAGAGCCUGCUCAUUUCCGUCAUAUCGCCCUACCUGCAGUGCAUCGUACUGCUCUUUCUGCUCCGCUGGCUGGAGAUGCGUUAUGGAGGGAGGGGCCUAAAGGACAACCGGCUGUGCAGGAUCUCAUCAAAGCAAAAACUGAAGCUGGAGCGGGGUCCAGAUGAAGGAGAGGAUGAAGAUGAGGAUGUUCGGAUGGAGAAGGCCAGAGUGAAGGAAGCCCUCACGUGCCAGUCCUGUCAGGAGAAGCCGGCCAUAGUUGUGAGCAACCUCAGGAAGCGGUUUAAAGGGAGAAAAGAAGGACUUUCUUUCAGCAAAAACACCAAAGAUGUCAUUAAGAACGUCUCCUUCUGUGUUCAAAAAGGGGAGGUGCUGGGAUUGCUCGGUCCCAAUGGAGCAGGGAAGACUACCAUCAUGCACCUGCUGUCGGGUGACACUGAGGCCACGGCGGGCCAGGUGCUGUUUGGGGACUACGGCACUGACUUCCGUCCUGCAGACCUCCCCAUGGAACAUGUGGGCUACUGUCCACAGGUGAACCCUCUGUGGCCCAGAAUCACUCUGCAGGAACAUCUGGAGGUCUACGCUGCCGUGAAAGGCCUGAGAGGACACGACGUGCCCGGGAUCAUCAAACGUGUGGCGAAAGCUCUGGAGCUGGACGAUCACCUGCACAAACAAGCCAAGAGUCUGUCAGCAGGAGUCAAGCGCAAGCUGUGCUUCGCUUUGAGCAUGAUUGGAAACCCUCAGAUUGUUCUGCUGGAUGAGCCGUCAGCCGGGAUGGAUCCAAAGUCCAAACAGCGCAUGUGGAGGGCCAUCCGUGCUGCAUUCAGGAACUGCGGGCGUGGAGCCGUCCUCACCACACACUACAUGGAGGAGGCCGAAGCCGUGUGCGACCGCGUGGCCAUCGUGGUUUCAGGCCAGCUGAGGUGCAUCGGCUCCAUCCAGCAUUUAAAAGGGAAGUACGGCCGCGGGUACAGCCUGGAGGUGAAGCUCAGGGAGGAGCUCACAGGCCUCCAGCAGGUGGCGCAUCUGCACGACGAGAUCCUGCGGAUCUUUCCUCAUGCUGCGAGGCAGGAGAGUUUUGCGACUCUGAUGGUUUACAAGAUUCCCAUGGAGGACGUCUCGUCUCUGUCCUCAGCCUUCGCUCACUUGGAGCGAGCCAAGCAGAACUUCAACUUUGAGGAGUAUAACUUCUCCCAGUGCACUUUAGAGCAGGUGUUCAUGGAGUUUGCUAAGGAGCAGGAGAACGAGGACGACCAGCCGGGCUUCCCCAGCACCACCUUCCAGUGGCACCGGCUGCAGCAGGACACCCCCACCAACCACGCCGACAGCGUCGUUCAGCAGCUCUGACCCCCCCACGCCUGACGGGGACUACGCCCCAACCUUGGAGGAGCUCCGCCUGCAACACAGGUGGCCCGCGGCGUGCUGGCCCGGUCCGUUCUUACGGGCUCUGAACUUCGCCUCUGCAGGAGGCCCCGCCCUCACGCAGAGGCGUUUUGCCUUCUGUCUUCUUUUUGUUGUUUUUAACUGAACUGACUCCUCCACGGGGGAAGCAAAGCUCCUCCUCCCCCGCCGCUCCCACAACGGCGAUGUUCCAGAAAACUUUCUUCACCAGCACACUCAUCUGCUGUUUUCUGCAGCAGAGCCCCCUCUAACCCCAGACACGCAGCAGGACGCUUCUGUUGGGCCACCAGGCCUCUGGGGGGAGGAGCCUCCUAAGGGCUCCACUUUGAACCCUUUCAGAGCCGGGCGUGUCCCUCACCUGCCUUGGUUAACGGUUGCUGCACAGGUGAGCCUCUGCUGGAGAGCUGCUCUGUUGGUGCAAUAUUAGGAUUUAAUUGUAACUUUUGAUUCAGGUGAAAACGACGGUGCAAAGGGAUUUCUGUUUUCUCUUUUUAAGGCGUUUUUGGUGUCACUCCAACAUUAUUUCUGUCCUCCAUGGUUGUUUACACGUUUACCACUGAGUGAUUUUUCACUGAAGUCUUGUGUGUUCAGAAACAGCGAGACCUGCUGCAUCCGUUUGGAGCUGAACCUUUCCUCUGCGGAGCCUCGCGGGUUUGGAUCUACGGGGAAAGGAGUCUGAAGCGAUUACUUUCAUUUUGGUGGUUGUAAAAUUGCACUUUUUCUGGGAACUUUUAUACCCGUCAUUUAACUUAUCAAGUAUUUAUAAGCGUGUCUGUGCACUGACUUUCCUUUGUGGUUUAGUCGUAUUUCUGUCACCCCCCCCCCCCCCUCCUCCAAGUAAAGAUCUGUGGGGGACGGGCUCUGUGUGAACCUUUCACAAAUAAACGAUAUAAGGUGAGCCGUU